GCCCGUAGUGCCUGUCAAAAGCCGGUCAUUAUGUAGGGUUGAAUAUGGCGUAGCACAUUGACGCGUUCAAUCACUCUGUAGUUAAAUUGCAUUUGUGUCCUUCUCAUAGUCAUAUUCAGCCUGAAUAUAGCGGCGUUUAUUAUUAAUCAUAUAUUGAACAAACUCUGCAAAUCUCAUUGAAAGGACGCCGAUCCGGAUUGUUUCAACAGAUGUUUCAACUCUUAACAAUGCAAGAUGCAUGAUGAUGCUCGAAAGAGGCUGCUUGGCUCUGAAUCACUCAUCCUUUUAACUUCCUCCACCCACUGAAAAUACACGUAAACAGCAGAAAAUCAUUUAUAUUUUGGGGUGAAAAAUGACGGAAUAUAAGCUUGUGGUCGUGGGUGCUGGAGGCGUCGGCAAAAGCGCGCUCACAAUACAACUCAUCCAGAACCACUUUGUGGAUGAAUACGACCCAACUAUAGAGGAUUCAUACAGGAAGCAGGUGGUGAUUGAUGGAGAGACAUGUCUACUAGAUAUCUUGGACACUGCAGGUCAGGAGGAGUACAGCGCCAUGAGGGACCAGUACAUGAGGACCGGGGAGGGCUUCCUCUGUGUCUUUGCCAUUAAUAACACCAAGUCCUUUGAGGACAUUCACCACUACAGAGAGCAGAUAAAGAGAGUAAAAGACUCUGAGGACGUCCCCAUGGUUCUAGUGGGGAAUAAGUGUGAUCUUCCAUCCCGCACUGUGGACACAAAGCAGGCUCAGGAUUUAGCACGUAGCUACGGCAUUCCAUUCAUAGAGACCUCAGCAAAGACGCGACAGGGUGUGGACGAUGCAUUUUAUACAUUAGUCCGAGAAAUCCGGAAACACAAGGAGAAGAUGAGCAAGGAAGGCAAGAAGAAGAAAAAGAAAUCCAAGACAAAAUGUAUUCUAAUGUGAAUAAAUCUUCCUUGUCACAAUAGACUCCAAGUUUCAGAACUGCAUUUUGUACAUUACACUAAAUUAUUAGCCUCUUCAGAAUACAAAAUGAUCCCUAUUUUACUUGCUUUCUUAAAAGAAAUGAGCUUUAUUUCUUGUUUGGUGCCAGUUGCCCCAAAGUGUUGGUCCGUAAACACCUUCUAUAGCUUGUUUUGUAGGGUAGGGUGUUAAAACUGGAUUUGAGGUUGGUUUAGUAGUAGUAGUUUUAGCAGGUUUUAUUUUUAUCAUUUUGAUGUGAACUUUAUGCAAGUGUGCUUUGAGAGAAACAUUCUGUAAGGCUGGUCAUGUAUGUCACUUAACUUUACAGGGAACUGAAACUUUGAGGGAACUUUUGUUUAGGACCAACACUUUCAGGGGUAAUUUGAUACAUUCACCACUGUGUAUGACCCUGCCUUGGGAUGUCACUUCCAAAAAUGUAUGUGAACUUCCAUCGUAGUCCCAUUAAUUCACCCUUAAGCCAUGGUAAUGUGUAUAUAUGGUGAUAUCUUAACAGUUAACCUUUGUUUCUCUGUUUGCAUGCUGUGUUCUGUUCUUUAAACUUCCAGGGAAUGGUAAAACAACAUUGGAAUACUGCAUAAUAGCCACUGUUACAAAUAUAGAGAGCAUUUUCUCAGCAGACCGGUGCUAUUUUGUCUCCCGCCAUUUUUGUAAUUUGAUUGGUUUGAUGAAUUCAGCUCUGCUGGUUUAGAGACCGAUCCAAAAUCGACCAUAACAUAGAUAGAUAGAGAUAUAGAGAUGUAUAUCUCUAUCUAUCUCACUGCUCAGGGUUGUUUUAAAGAAGUAGUUCCCCCAAAAAUUGCCAAUUGGGACAUAGUUGCAUGGGACAACAGUGAAUUGUACAGUUUAGUGGGUAUUAUAGAAAAUAUUUGACCGCAGAAUGCCACAAUUGACCAAUAAGAAUCAAGUUUUCCAGAAAGCCUUGUAACAAUAUGGCAGAGCCUCCCUAGUGCUCACUUCUGCAUUCUGAGGUGGAUUUUAUGUAUGAAGAUUUACCCUCUUGUGCCCAGCCAAACAGCGCCUUAGAAGUCUGAUUAAUUAAAUUGUAUUUAAAAAAAAUGUUGGUUGUUUAAUUGAUUAGUGAACAUUACCUGCCACUAGUAAUAACUUAUUGUAACGCAAAUGCAUGCAAAAAGGAAACAAAACAAAUGCCUUGUUUGCUUAUGCUGCCAUGAAAACAUUAGUUCAGCUGUUUUAAAGGCCCAAUUAUAGUCCAUUGCUUUCCAUGGAAGGUAUAAAUUGAAUUUGCUCUCAGAUCCCAAGAGGCAGUUUCGGGUUAGUUUACUAUGGUGAAAUGUGGAUUGCAAGCUUCAUUCUGGAGGGCAAGUUUUCAGCCAUCACUCAUACCAAAGAGAGUGAUAUGAAAAUGUAUUUUGUGUGGCAAUACUCGUGAUGUCAUUUGUAGAAGAUAUCGCAUAAAAGCAGAAGGUUGCUUUUGAACUGUUGUUACACUGUUUACCAUGCGUCCUUAACCAUUACUACUUUUUAUUUUCUAAUUAUUGAUCUGUAACACAGUUUGACUGUAUGAUUAUUACUGAGUUUUCAGAAGAAUUCUAUAAAGACUUAAAUCGGGGUUGUCCACUUUUAUGCAAAGUUACAAGUAUUUUAAGUGAUUUUCUGUUCCCUUUAAAUCAGUUAAUAUUAGUCUAACACAAGGUUAUUAAAUACUUUUCGAUUGUUUCUGAAAUGUUUUCUCUGUUUGUGUGCCAAAUGCAAAUGUUGAGAAUAGGGUUCAAGUAUAUAUGGACCUUGUUUUAACAACUUUUGUACGGUUGUGAUAAAGAUUAAUAUUUUGUAAAUUGUGCUCUAUUGUUUAAUAAAUGAAUGACACUUAAUAGAAUUUAAGGGUCAUGUGUUAACGUCUUUGCUUAUUUGAGAUCAUCUUUUGCCUCAUGUUCUAAUAAAUGAUUAAUAAGUUGAAGAAUGCUGUUCUCAGAUCAGCACAGUUUUAAAAAUACAACCCAAAUCUGUUUUUCCUCAUCUCACUACUCUUAUUUAAUGUGUAAUUAAAAGUAUGUUAAAUGUAUGAUGAACUCUGUGCUUUUCUUAAGAAUGUAUGCAUUAUAACAUGUAUUUGUGUGUGUGUAGAUAUAUAUACUUUAUUGCAAUGCAAAUAAAUCCCCUAUGACAUUUAAUUGAAGUAUGUAUAUAGGGGAGACUGGGGUUGUCACACAAGGAUGUUGUUACAAUUACUUGUAAUUAAUGUUCCUGCUGACAAAAAUAACCCAAUAGAAUUUGUAAUGGUUUCCAAUACCAUUACAGUACACAAAUGGUUUAUUGCAGUGUAUUUUUGCCCGUAUUCUAUUUGAAUUUGAUUUGUUUACACGUAAGAUAUGUAUUGGUCCCUAAUGGGAUCCACUAGAAAACUAAUAGAAAUUCACAAGGGACCGUUGCAAUUUCCAUUUGAAUAUAAACUUCUUUAUAACCAUUAGAAUUUCUGUGAGGGCUUCUACUGUUUUUUGGCAGCCGCAUCACAAUGUGGUGCCGUCCAUGUAGACCUCAUCACUUGAUGGUGCGGAAAACACGAUGACGAUAACAUCAGAUUUUUUUUAUUUUUUUUUUUUUUAUCAUGAACUGGUUAUUUUGAGUAGAAAAUUAACUUAUGACAUCUCAAAACAAGAAGUUACCAAAAGUAACAAUAAAUUCAACAAUAGAAAUGGUUUAAGUAAACUUGCAAACAGUGAAAAUAUGCAAGCUCAUUAAUUAUUCAAGAACAAUGCAUGCUUGCAACAUAAGCUUUGAAAAGUUAAAUAAAUUCUACUUAUUUUAUUCACCCUCUGAAAUGUACUUCAAUUAGUAAAUAAAUACAAGGUUUUCUACUUUAGGACUUGUACAUGAGGACACGUCGGAAAAAUGACAAAUAAUCAAAUAAUAUUUACAUAAGCUAAAGCAUUAUAUGUAGGAUUUACUUAAUAUUUUCAAGUCCAUCCAUAAACUAACUCAUUCAAUGUAGAAAGUGCUUAUGUUUCUAUAAUAAAAAAAAAUCAGUUUGUCAAUAUAUUGAUAUUGGGGUGUUCAAUGAGCUGUAUUAUCUUUCCUGGGCAAUAAUGGGCGGAAAUGUUCAAUAGUUUUUUUUAUUUGUUUUAUUUGUUUUCAAGAUGUCAAGGUAUGAAGCUAUGCAGAAAUUGAAUUUCAUAAAUAAACCAUUACUGAGAAAUAUUCACUGACGUAAAAAAUAAAAAUAAAAGUGACAACUUGCCCAGGUCACUCCUAUAUCAUGGUAGUAUUUGUUUUACUGUUUUAAAUU